CUGGUUUCAUAAUUGACACAACUCAGGCAGUAAAACUGACUGUUGAAGGGUACACAGUGUGAAUCUGCUGGAGCAGGUAGGCACGAAACAGAAAACAGGAUCUUCAAAGGUGGUAAAACUGUUUGGGGAUCUGGAAUAUACUUCUACCAUCCCUUAUCCUGGCUGUGCUACAAGUUAAACUCAGUUUAAUUCUCUUCGUUGUCCGUGUUGCUGUGCAGAGCAUUGAUUUCAGUCAGUGGCUGCUUGAAAAGCAGUGUAAAACUACUGUGAGACCUGGGUACCCCGAGGAAGUUUCUGACAGUAGUGGUCUUGGCAGUGAUUUUUUUUUUCAUUGCUUGGAGCAGAGUUGAGUUCUGUCAGAAGACAUAAAGCCUGUAAAACAUUAACUUCUCUGACACCGUUCCAUGACAAAAGCUUCUUUUCUGAGCAAAGUCCGUUGAAGUGGCUUUGUAAGAGCAUUCUCUAUUACUGCAUUAUCUGAUUAUGAUGGUUUGCGGUGAGAGGACUUAGAAAUGAAGAAGGCAAACUUCUGAUGCUUGUAAUAGCCUCUAAAUGUAAGAAAUGUUCUCCAUCUGAAAACCUUCUGUUGGUCAGUAGAUGCAAUUGUGUGCCUUUUAAGGUAGAGGGAGUCAGUGUUAUGGGAAGGCAGUUGUCUCGUUGCAAGCAGGAAGGAAAUGUGACCCCUGUCAGAGCAGAUUGUUAAUGUGGAGUCACCACAGCACUGUGUAAAUGCUUUUGCUGUAGUUCCUGCUCAGGAGCAGCUACACUUUACUUUCUAAUGCUUUGCAAAGCAUUGUGUGAGCUAUGUGAGGCUCUGUGUGUGUGCUCUGGGGGCCCAGCACCAUCUUCAGUGGGGAAACAGAGCUGGUGAGGUAAGUGAAUGGCCACUGCUGCUCUCACAGCUCAUCUUCGCUUCCUUUACAGCUGCCUCUAAAGUCAGAGCAAUUCUUAGGAAGCACUGUAAGAACAGAGUAUUCCAGAGCAGUUUUUUUCAGCACUAGGACAUGUUUUAUCUCAGUAAGUAAAUAAUUAAUUGUUAGAAGGACUGUGUGUAUAUCACAGUAAGGUUACAACUCCCUUUUAACGUGGGAGAUGAAAUGGCUCCAACACUUGGUUUGCUUAACCUUGUGAUUACUGAUAGAACACAGGAGUUUGGUUCCUAUUCUAGUAGGAAUUACCUCAUGUUAGGAAUGAAUCAGCUAGAGAAACACUGGCAAAGAUUAAAAAUAACUACAAAAGCAAGGGAGCUUCUGGCACUUGUACCACACUGGCUAGCAAGUGCUGUGAAUCCAAGUAAACUACAGAGACAUAAAUGGCUUCAAGCAGGUGAUACUUUUAAGAUCAUUUUCUAGUCUUCUGAGGACUUAUACUUGGCUUUUUUUUUUAACUGGCAUUGCAGCUGGAUCAGUUCCUUGACUUGAUUCGUCAGCAUAGGAGUAAGCAGCUUCAGGAGGGGUUGAAGGGAUUAGAGCUGACCUCACUAUGUAUUUGGUGAUGGUACUAAAUGCAAUACACGUUGGACUGUAGUUCACCUCUUUUGCUUCCUCAUUGUCUUAACCUGAUCAGCCUGCCAAGCUGCUGAAGAUGGUAUUCCUGUCUGGCCACAAAUUUGUCUGCUCCUCUCUGUUGGCUCUGAAAUGUAUAUGGUCAGUUGAGCUGCUUGAAAUGAGAAAGGGUUUGUUUUCUUUUUUGUGGUAUUAAUUUUCAGUUAGAGUAGUGAGCUGAUAGAACUCGGAGUGCUUGUUAUAAUCCAAGCCAAGGGAAACAGCAGGAGUUCUCAGCACACCACCAUUGUGGUGUUCUGUUUCCUAGGUGAGUGCUGAGUGCUGAGAGGGAAGCACCUGCUGAAACCUCUCCAAAACCAUUACUGGCUUUUCAUGCCAAAACGGCCUGAUGUUAUGACGAUGUGGUCUUCCAGUAGUCUUGCUUUCCUUCGUGUGAAGCAAAUGAUGCAGAUGGUGGGGUGAAGUCAGCGGCCUGUCAAAUGCUAGAUAAAUUGCAUCCUAUGUUGUGAAUGAAACUUAAGUAUUGAUUAAUGAGUGCAGUUUCUCUUCUCAGCUUCAUCAACUGUCUCUGGCAUUGCAGAGUUCAAAUCUUUAUACUAACCCCCGUGUGGAAUAGUCGAGAAUCCCAGCACCAGCUCUCCCUGGCAUCUGCUUCCUUUCCUAGCCUACAGCUGAGCUCUCGGGUUUCUGUGAAUGCAAAUAGCAACGGGGAACUUAAUCUGAGGAGUGAGGGAGUGGAGUUUGCUUCCUCUUCUCCAAGUCAGGGACCAAAGCAUUUUCCAUUUCGACUGAAGAACUAAACUGAAAGAAAAACCAGCAGGGAAUCAGAUCCUGGAGCAUAUUUUGCAACAUGAUCAAAUGUUAAAUUCUAAGGAAUUUUGUUUAUGGCUGGAUACCAGAGAUUAAAUAGGUCAACCACUGCAAGCAGUGUAACUGCAGGACAGAAGUGACACCAGAGCUGUUCUGACCUGUCGCCCUGGUGUCACUGACGAGUGCUCUCAGGAUGUCUAAAACCAACAAAUCCAAAUCUGGAUCUCGUUCUUCUCGUUCGAGAUCUGGGUCGAGAUCACGCUCACGUUCCUUCUCCAAAUCUCGUUCCCGUUCUCGCUCUGUUUCACGCUCGAGGAAACGCAGGCUCAGUUCUAGGUCCCGUUCAAGGUCAUAUUCUCCAUCUCAUAACAGGGAAAGGAACCAUCCAAGAGUCUAUCAGAACCGGGAUUUCAGAGGUCAUAACAGAGGAUACAGGAGACCAUAUUAUUUCCGAGGCCGAAAUCGAGGGUUCUAUCCGUGGGGCCAAUAUAACAGAGGAGGAUAUGGGAACUACAGGUCUAACUGGCAAAACUACCGCCAAGCGUAUAGCCCUCGUAGGGGGAGGUCACGCUCCCGUUCACCCAAGAGAAGGUCUCCUUCCCCAAGGUCUAGAAGUCAUUCUAGAAAUUCUGAUAAGUCAUCAUCUGAUCGGUCGAGGAGGUCUUCCUCUUCUCGGUCUUCCUCCAACCAUAGCCGAGUUGAGUCUUCCAAGCGUAAAUCUGGAAAGGAGAAAAAGUCAUCUUCCAAGGAAGCCCGGGCAUCUCAGGCUGCAGGAGAUAACCAAGGUGAUGAUUCUAAAGAGCAGCCGUUUUCAGGAGCAGCUGCUCAAGAUGCCAAGGCAUCUGAGGGAUCAAAACCAUGGCAAGAUGUGUCCACCUAUGGUAGCAGCUCAACAUCGAGAGCUGCUGCGCCUGAGCUCAGCCCGAGGGAACGCAGCCCUGCGUUAAAAAGCCCUCUCCAAUCAGUUGUGGUGAGGCGGCGUUCUCCUCGGCCAAGUCCAUUGCAGAAGUCGAGCUCCCCACUGUCCAACCCCUCUCAGAUGAGCUCUGCGUCGCAGAGCAGCACCUCCUUUCAGGCAGGAUCUCAUCAGAGUCCAUUUGACCACGGCUCGUCAGGUUUGAGUCCAACAAGAAAGAGCCCUGUGUGCAAAAGUCCAACGCCAAUCAGUUCCAUGUAUGGUACAUCUCAGAAGGAGGAAACCACAGCUCCUGGCGGAGGAGCCUUCUCAAAGAGGUAUCUGGAAGAGCAGAAGGCGGAGAAUGGGAAGGACAAAGAUCAGAAAGUAACAAAUGUUGAGAAGGAAAAAAAUAAAGAGAAAGGGAAUUUCUCAGAGGUGGGAUCAACAGAUGGAAAGGCAAAAUCUGAUUCCUAUGCAUCCAAAGCAGAUUCUGAGAAGGGAUACCGUGGCAGUCAGUCACCCAAGCGCUACAAGUUCCGAGAUGACUUUGACAAGCCAAAGGCCCCGGAGUUCCACAAGGAAAGUCAUUAUGGCAAAGAUGAAACGGAUGAUCAGGAAAAGAAAGAAAAGGCAAAGGGCCGUAAGGAUUCGGAUUUUGAUGAUGAGCCCAAAUUUAUGUCAAAAGUGGUAGCAACAUCGAGUAAAAGUCAAGAAGAGGAUAGGCAAGGCAAAUGGGAAGGUGUGGUGUUCUUGCCACCUGGAAAAGAGAAGCAAAGAAAGUCUGAGGAAAUGGAGGAGGAGAGCUAUUCUGAGAGAUCUAAAAAAGAAGAGAGGCCAGCAUCCAAGAGAUCUGAGCCGGGUCACCGGGGCUUUGUUCCUGAAAAGAAUUUUAGGGUGACCACUUAUAAAACAAGCCAGGAAAAAAGCUCUUCUCCCCCACCAAGGAAGGCCUCUGAGGUAAAGGAGAAGCCAGGUUCCAAAGGAGAUGGGCUGGCUCCUGGCAAGUCCUCCUUUUCCAUUACUCGUGAGGCCCAGGUCAAUAUUCGGAUGGACUCCUUUGAUGAAGAUCUUGCGCGUCCAAGUGGCAUACUGGCUCAGGAACGCAAGCUGUGUCGUGACCUUGUGCACAGCAACAAAAAAGAGCAGGAGUUUCGUUCCAUAUUUCAUCAUAUUCAGUCUGCUCAGUCUCAGCGAAGUCCUUCUGAACUGUUUGCUCAACACAUAGUGACUAUAGUCCAUCAUGUAAGAGAGCAUCACUUUGGAUCGUCAGGAAUGACGCUGAACGAACGCUUUACCAAAUACCUAAAGAAAGGAAUGGAACAAGAAGCAGCUAAAAAUAAAAAGAGCCCUGAAAUUCACAGGAGGAUAGAUAUUUCUCCCAGUACUUUUAGAAAACAUGGAUUCUCUCAAGAGGAAUCGAAAAGUUCCAGAGAUCCCGGCUUCAAGGCUGAAGGGAAAUACAAGGAUGACCCUGUUGACCUGCGCCUUGAUAUCGAGCGCCGUAAAAAACAUAAGGAAAGAGAUCUUAAACGUGAUAAAUCCAGAGAGUCGGUGGAGUCCAGAGAUUCGAGUCACUCAAGGGAAAGAUCAGCUGAGAAAACGGAGAAAAGUCACAAAAGCUCAAAGAAAAAGAAACACCGAAGGGUGCGUGAGAGGUCCAGAUCCAGCUCGUCGUCCUCACGGUCCUCUCACUCAGUGAAAGCAGAGGAGUAUCCCGAGGAGACUGAGGAGAGGGAGGAAAGCACCACAGGCUUUGACAAGUCCCGACUUGGAACUAAGGAGUUCACGGGUCCAAAUGAGAGAGGAAGAGCCCGAGGGACCUUUCAAUUCAGAGCGAGGGGGAGAGGAUGGGGCCGAGGCAACUUUUCAGGCAACAAUAACAGCAACAGUGGUGGCAACAAUGACUUCCAGAAGAGAAGCAGGGAAGAGGAUUGGGAUCCUGAGUACACACCGAAGAGCAAGAAGUACUACCUGCACGAUGACCGCGAGGGCGAAGGCGCGGAGAAGUGGGUGAGCAGAGGCCGUGGCCGCGGUGCCUUCCCCCGAGGACGAGGGCGUUUCAUGUUCAGGAAGUCGAGCACCAGCCCCAAAUGGGCUCACGACAAAUUCAGCGGCGAAGAAGGAGAAAUCGAAGACGAUGAGAGCGGGACGGAGAACAGAGAGGACAAAGACAGCCUGCAGUCGGCGGCCGAAUAGCCGCGGUGCCGGGAGCGGCACUCACCGUGCCGGGCCUCAGGGCGGCCCCCGGAGCGGAGCCCCCCGAAGGGCUCUGACAUAACCCCGACGUUCCCUGCGCUGUCAGAGCUCUGCCCCCCUCCCCGGGGGUGAGAACUGACGCAUCAUUUCUGCUUGGGUCCGCUCGCGGAGCGCAUCUUCCCAAAGACAUUGUGGACUGAAUGAGGUCGAGUGCUGGGUGAGGCCCCGGCUGUUCUGUCCGUGCCCUUACAGAAUGGUUGUUCUUCAGUUUGGUUGGGGGGUUUGUUUGGUAACGGGCUUUGAAGGCGCCGUGGAAUGGGGUUUGUGCCCACCUUUAGUUGAUGUUUUUGUUUCUCUUUUACAAUUUGCAGUAGUGCAGCUCGGGGUUUCCUCACCCCUUCCCAUUUUUCUCCCCCAUUGUGUAUUCAGUUUGUUUUUUUUUUUAAAUCCAUACUCUCCUUUUAGGCCUUUGUGUAGGAACACCAAUUAAACGAUCAUUUUGGAAACUAUUUUUGGUUCUUGAAGUAAGAAGCAAUGGAGCAUGUGAAUAAAGAUCUCAGUGUUGACUUGUUGGGACCAAA